UGUUCAGUGGUUCAGAACACGUUUUCAGUCCGUUACGACUUGCGAGUCACAACCGACCCCUUUCUCUCUCAUCCCUCUCUCUCUCUUUCUCUCUCUUCCUCUCCGACUGAAAGUUUAGGGUUCCGAUAGGCCGCCGGAAAGUCAAACUAAGGCGACGACGGAGAACACAAAACGCAGCCGUUUUUGGUAUCUUUUGGAGCCAAACGCACAGUGUACUUUUUUUUUUUUUUUUUUUAAAUAUCUGUGACCGCGUCAAACAGCAGAUUUGCUAGGGUUUGUCUAUGUUCUGCGAAGCUUUCAUGUCUUAUGAAUGGAGAUUGCCUCUAGUCUCUUUACCGCUUUCUCAUCCCAACCUUUAUUUAUAGCCGCUGUGUUCACUGCUCUCUGCUUCUUGCUCGCACUCUUCACCGUCCGAUCGUUCGCGCUCACCAUUACUAAACUCAAAUUGGACGGUCGUGGUAGUGGUGGUGAAGCGUCGGUCAGGAGGAAUAAGAAGAAAGGAAAGCUCUGCGAUUGUAGGUAUUGUUGUUGUAACGGCGUCGUUUUGGGUUCGGAUUCUGAUAUAGCACCGUAUUUGAACGGUGGUUGUGGUGGCACUGCGGACAUGCUGGAGAAGACACCGGUUGUGACUGAGAAACAGACCGGCGCGUCAAUGAUGGAGCAGUUGGUUCCGGAGAUUACCACUCACGCGCUCAGCUACUUGGAUUAUCCCAGCCUUUGUCGUCUCUCAAUGACCAAUUCUCUCAUGCGAAAGGCCGCCAAUGACGAUAAUGCUUGGAAAGCGCUCUAUCACAAGGAUUUCACAUUGGAACAAGAUGGUGUAACACCCAUUAAUGGGUGGAAGGCUUAUUAUGCUGCUACAAGAGCAAUUGUGAAUAUCAAUACUGAAUUCUUUAACAUCAUUAGGGAGAAGUCGCUUCCAUCAAUGAGUCGGUUUUGGCUAAAUGCGGAUUACGUGAAGUGUGUUCAUGCCACGGGAGAACUGUUUUCAGGGUAUGAUGCUGUGAUACAGAGUUGGCAGCUUGCAUUUAAUUGGGAGCAAGGGGCCAUCAACUUUCAGGUUCGAGAUGUUAGGGCUCGGGUACUCACUGAUAUGGCUUGGGUAACCAUGAAAACCUAUGUUGACAUGGAUACCGGGCCAUUCAAUAUGACUAAUAUCUUUGAGUUCCAUAAUGGAAGAUGGUACAUGGUUCAUCAUCACAGCUCAGUGAUGGAUGGAGGAAUGGUGCAACAGAUUGUGCAUGGAUAAAAGGGAAUUUGAUACCAGAUAUAUACUUAAUACUAGUUACAAAAAUAGUGGUACUUGUUAGCAGAAGCAAAUUGCUUAAACUUUCAAUAUGAUUUCCUUUCAAUUUUUCCAACCUCAGUUUUGGUUGUUUCUGUAGCAAAGUGGCCCCUGAUUUUUUUUUUCCCCCCUUUUUGCUAAUUUAUUUGCAUGGAUGUUCACAUCCUGGUUUUGAAUGAGAAUUAAAGCUUCAAGAAAAUUAUGUUACUGAAAGGUCUUAAAGCCACUGGCUUGCGGCAUGGCUUCUGGAAAUGGGUGGAUUCAGGACGAGUUUUGGAAGUACAUAGUAAAUAAAUUGUAAAGUUAACGCAGUAAUAAUUUCUUCUUCUUUUA